UGACACUGGAGAUAAACAACAACACAAUACAAUAAAUAUUAUCAAUGAAUGAACAUUAUGCUCACUGGAAUGGUAUGUCAUUUACUACCAAAUUCAAUAGACUUGUAUGGCGUAUUACAAUGUCUCGAUUAUGGAUGAAAUAUUUAUUAAUAAUUUCACUAUUAUUAUGUGGUUUUUAUUUAUAUAAAAUUAUAAAUGCAAGAGAGGCUGAAUUAAAAUUAUCCAAAGAAACAUUAAGUAUACCAAAUGUAUUUGUUGAUGGUAUACAUCAAGCCAAAGAUCAACUUGUCAAUAGUCAAUAUCAUAAAAAAUGUGAUGUCGUUCAUAUUGCCAUGGUAUGUGCUGGUUACAAUUCAACACAAUCAUUGGUGACAGUUGUUAAAUCAAUAAUAUUUUAUAGAUCAAAACCAAUUCAUUUUCAUCUACUUGUCGAUGAAAUAUCACUGAGAACAUUAAAAACAUUAUUCGAUACCUGGAAUUUACCAGAAGUUAAAGUAUCACUACAUUCAGCUGAGAUAUGGAUACCAAAAGUAUCAUGGAUACCAAACAAGCAUUAUUCUGGUGUUUAUGGAUUAUUAAAAUUAAUAUUUCCGGAUCUAUUGAGCCAGGAUAAAGUAUUGGCACUUGACACAGACAUAACUGUUCUCGCUGAUAUAUCAUUACUCUGGGAUGAAUUUGAUAAUUUUAAAAAUAAUAAUAUGCUCGGACUAGUAGAAAAUCAAAAGCAAUUGGUAUAUUAA